AUGAAGAAAAAGGACAGAACCCCGAUAGUAUGGACGUCGGAGUUAGAAAAAGCUUUCGAGGACAGUAAGAAAUCGCUCACAGUGGUAACAUCCUCGACUUAUUUGCAUCCAAAUUCACCCAUCAUCCUCACGGCCGACGCGUCUGCAACGGCUGUUGGAGGGUCCCUCGAGCAACUAAUCGACACUAAGCACUCUCCACUUGGCUUCUAUUCCAGGAAGCUGUCCGUUACAGAAUGCAACUACAGUCCAUACGAUCGCGAGCUACUUGCAAUCUAUAGAGAGCAUAACGUCGUCGCGGAUGCGCUGUCAAGAAUCUGCACCAUCAACAUGCCCACGAGGCUCAGUGCGCAACGCAAGUCAUUAGUGAGGCUCAGGCUGAAUACGAAGCUUCACCGAAACGCGAAACCAUUCACGUACUGUCUCACGCUUAUAGAUAGGUAUACACGAUGGCCUCAAGCGAUCCCGCUGAAAAGGGCGACAUCACUGGAAGAAGUGGCCACCGCAUUCUACACUGGCUGGAUUGCUACUUUUGGCAUACCGCUAACCAUCACUACAGACCAAGGACCGCAGUUCGAGUCUGCACUUUUUAGCUCAUUGGCAAAGCUAAUUGGAGCAAAACGUAUACGCACAACACCUUAUCACCCUCAAUCUCACGGGAUGGUUGAACGAUUCCAUAUAACGUUCAAGGCCGCACUGAUGUGUCAGCCUAGCUCUGCAUGGACUGAGCUGCUUUUAGGACUAAGAACAGCAUACAAGGAGAACAUCAAGACUGCGCCUGCCGAGCUCACUUUCGGAUCAACAAUUAGAGUUCCAGGAGAAUUUUUUGUAGCUAAGGAUCUUCCGCAAUCACUGGUAACCUUCCUAGACCAUCUGCGAAAGCAUUUUGAGGUCAUACGGCCGACACCUACUUCGUACCAUGUCAGGACUAAACAAUUCAUGCAUGGAGAUCUUCACACAUGCACACCCAUGUCUUCAAGUUGA